UUAGUUUUUUCUCCUUACCAAUAAUACCCGCACUUCUGUUAUUUCGUGUUCCAGGACGUCCUUGUCCCCCUUGCUUCCAUAAUUCAGCCCGUUUGCACAAGGCCCCUAACUCUAGGGUUUCCUUGCACCCGAAAUCCCUGCACCUCUUUUCUCUGGAAGCCCAAAGCAUCUUGUGUUGAUAAUUUGUCUUACGUUUCAUCAAUGUGUUAGUCUGAAGGGGACGCAAACAUGCAAACUCAUCUGGACCUUAGUGCAGAAGUGAUUUUCAAUGCCGAGAAAAAAGCUUAUACUGAUAUGCCAGUUUGGUGGUGAAUUUGUUACAAGUGAUGAUGGGUGUCUUACAUACACUGGUGGAGAGGCACAAGCUCUAGAUAUCAAUCAUGAAACUAUUUUUCAUGAUCUCAGGCUAGAAAUGGCCAAAAUGUUCAACUUAGAAUAUAAAUCAUUGUCCAUUAAGUACUUUCUCCCAGGAAAUAGGCAAACUCUCAUUACUUUAGCUAAUGACAAAGACCUAAAAAGGAUGUAUGAUUUUCAUGGGGACUCAGUUACUGCAGAUGUUUUUGUUCUGGGCAGAGAAGGUUUUAAUCCGGAAGACUUGCCAAUGCAUGCUAGCAGACCAAGUGGGAUAAAACUGGCCAAGACUGUGCCUGCUUCUGUGGCAUCUCAAGAUACAACUGAUACACUUUCUGUUGCCCCUGCUGAUGAUGCAAAUACACACCUCUCUGUUACACUUGAUAUGAAUGCUACCCCUGCUGAUACUGUUAAGAAGCGAAGGCGUACUGCAUCCUGGAAAGUUGGUGCUAGUGAUCCUGCCAUUGUUGCUGUUACUGAUAAGGUUAAGGAGACUAGAAAAAGUGCAUCACGGAAGAAGAGUUUUCGGAAUCAUGGUGCUGCUGCCUUAGUUGUUGAGGAAGAACAGCAACCAAUGCAAUCAGAUGUUCCAUGGGUAGACAUUUCUCUUUAUUCAUCGACUGAUGUGAAUUCUAAAGAUAUUUCUCUGGAAGAAAUGGUUGCCUCUUGGAAAGAUGGAAUAGUUGGUGUUGGCCAAGAAUUCAAAAAUGUAGUUGAAUUUCGUGAUGCACUGCAGAAAUAUGCCAUUGCGCAUCGUUUUGUGUACAGGUUAAAAAAGAAUGACACCAAUCGAGCAAGUGGUGUAUGUGUGGCUGAAGGUUGCUCUUGGUCAAUUCAUGCAUCUUGGGUUCCAUCAGAUCAAGUCUUUAGGAUAAAAAAGAUGAAUAAAGCACAUACAUGUGGAGGGGAAUCAUGGAAGGCUGCUCAUCCAGCAAAAAGUUGGCUGGUCAGUGUUAUAAAGGACAGGCUAAGAGAUAGCCCACAUCGCAAACCUAAAGACAUUGCUACUUGUAUUUUGAAAGAUUUUGGGAUUGAGCUGAACUAUACACAAGUGUGGCGUGGAAUUGAAGAAGCAAGGAAGCAACUUCAGGGUUCAUAUAAAGAGGCUUAUGCCCAGUUGCCUUGGUUCUGUGAUAAGAUGGUAGAGGCAAAUCCAGGUAGUUCUGUGGAGCUUUUCAUAGAUGAUGACAGCAAAUUUCAACGCCUUUUUGUAUCAUUUCAUGCCUCAAUACAUGGUUUCAAGAAUGGUUGUCGCCCACUUCUAUUUCUUGAUUCUGCGAGUCUCAAAUCAAAAUACCAUGAGGUUUUGUUGACAGCUACAGCAUUAGAUGGGGACGAUAGUGCUUUUCCGGUUGCAUUUGCUAUAGUAGAUAUUGAGAAUGAUAAUAAUUGGCAUUGGUUUUUGGAGCAGUUGAGAUCUGCUAUUUCUACUUCACAAUCCUUAACUUUUGUUUCUGAUAAAGAGAAGGGACUAUUGAAAUCUGUGCUUGAAGUAUUUGAGAAUGCUCACCAUGGUUACUCUAUAUACCCCCUGCUGGAUGACUUCAUGAGAAAUUUGAGAGGACCAUUCCAUGGAGAUGGAAAAGCUGCUUUGCCUGCAAGUUUUUUUGCUGCUGCACAUACAGUCCGAUUUGAUAGUUUCAAAAUGUUCACUGAGCAAAUUAAACAGGUUUCUUCAAAAGCAUAUGAUUGGCUUAUGCAGAUUGAACCAGAAUGUUGGACAAAUGCAUUUUUCAAGGGUGAGAUUUAUAAUCAAAUUACAGUAAAUAUUGUAGAGUUGUACACUAAUUGGAUUGAAGAAGUGUGGGAGCUGCCUAUAAUAAGGAAGGUGGAAGCACUUGGAUGCAAAAUGAUGGAGUUGAUGGACAAACGUGAAAUGGAUUCAAAUGGGUGGACUACAAAUCUUGCUCCAUCCAAAGAGAAAAAACUACAAGAGGAGACUCUGAAGGCACAGGCUUUCAAAGUAUUAUUUUCAUCUGAUACAGUGUUUGAGGUUCACGGUGACUCUAUUUUUGUUGUGGAUAUUGUCACAAGGGACUGUAGUUGUAUGGAAUGGGCAUUGACUGGAUUACCUUGCUGUCAUGCCAUUGCCGUCUUCAAUCGCAUUGGAAGGAGUGUAUAUGAUUAUUGUUCAAAAUACUACACAGUUGAUAGCUACCGUUCAACAUAUUCCAAGUCCAUAAAUCCUGUUUUAGACAUUUUUGAGCCUUUGGGUGAAGAAGAUGCCUCAGAGGUGAGGCAAGUGCUUCCUCCGACUACACCUCGGCCACCAACUCAACCAAAGGAAAAACAAUAUAAAAGAAAGCGUGAACUUAAAAGAGUAAUGACUUGCACCAGGUGCAAGGGAGAAGGGCAUAAUAAGGCUACCUGCAAGGAAACCUUGUAGUUCUGUCUGGGAAGUUCGACCUCAGCUAAUUUCCUGACGAGCUUUCACUAAUUCAAGGGAAAUAAAUAGGAGGAAAUUUCAUAGGUCUCUAGUCUACUUGUGCAUGUGCGACACUGUACAGUUUUUAUUUGUUUUGCGGAUGUUAUGCAGUUCUUGAUGUUAUCAAUUUUGAAAUAAUCUGCGAUGCGUAUCAAGAAUGCUACAGUGCUUGACGACCGCAUUUUCUAGUAAUGUUGAUUAGCAAGAGUUCCUUCUGGUAUUGAAA